AUGUCCGACAAUCCUCCCGUACCGGGCUCUGACAUCAAGCCGUGGUCCCGCCCGGAUCCGCAGGGAUAUUUAUUCAAAAAUGCCAACGUCGUGGACGUGAAGGCGGGGACCAUAAUCGAAAAUGCCAAUGUGAUCACACACAAUGGCAAAAUUCAAUGCGUUUCCUCAUCACUCCCUGAGCCACUACCGGUCAAUCUCACGGUUGUCGAUUGCGAAGGUCGAUAUCUAUGCCCGGGACUAUUCGAUGCGCACGUUCAUUUAUGCGCCGUGCCUGGAUUCAAUGACCUAUCCAAAGCCUUUGGAAACCCGAACGAUGUCCAUUUGCUGCGACAGCCAUACACCGCAGCCCAGAUGCUUCACCGAGGCUUCACCAGUAUCCGCGACUGCGGUGGCGCCCAGCUUGCGCUAAAGGAGGCCAUUGAAGAGGGCGUCUUUCCCGGGCCUCGUGUGUUUAUCUCAGGCCACGCUCUUUCCCAAUUUGGUGGCCACGGCGAUCUCCGCUCGGCGCAUGAACAAACCGGGUGCUGUGGUGGCACCCACAAUAACAACCACCUGGGCCGCAUGUGUAACGGUGUCCCCGAGUGCAUGGCUGCCGUGCGCGAAGAGAUCCGGUGUGGAGCCGAUUUUAUCAAGAUCAUGGGUUCGGGUGGUGUGGCAAGUCCGACGGAUCGUCUGGAGCACCUCCAGUUCACGGGAUCCGAGAUCCAAGCUAUGGUCGAAUGCGCUAACAAUGCCGGUACGUUUGUUACGGCGCACGCGUACACGGUCAAGGCUAUUCGGCACUGCAUUGAAAAUGGAGUCAAAGGGAUUGAGCAUGGCAACUUUUUGGAUGCGCCAACUGCCAAGAUGAUGGCUCACAAGGGUGUUUAUCUGACUCCGACACUGAUCACCUAUGCUCAGAUGGCGUCGGAGCGCUGGAAGGGAUACUUGCCGACUGAGUCACAGUCGAAGAACUUACAGGUGCUUAAGUCUGGGCUUGAGGCUCUGAAAAUUGCAUCUGAGGCUGGGGUCACGAUGUGCUAUGGCUCCGACCUGCUCGGCCCACUGGGUUCUGCUCAGACUCACGAGUUUGCUUUGCGGUCACAGGUAUUGAAGCCCGUCGAGGUGUUACGCAGUGCCACAGUUAAUCCUGCAAAGAUGAUGGGCUGGGAGGACGCGAUUGGGCAGAUUAAAGAAGGCUUCCAUGCGGAUGUUGUUGUUCUGAACAAGAACCCGCUCCAGGAUGUCACCAUUUUCGAUCAGCCCGAGGAGCACGUUUUGGCUGUUAUGAAAGAUGGUCGUGUCUACAAGAGUCGCUGGUCUAUACUUCCUGAAGAUUCUGAGAUCCCUGUCAGAGUCAAAUACAACUAA